CAUAAAUAGUGUAAUUUUUUUUUUUUUUGAACAAAAUAAUAUUUAUUAUAAAGUAUAAAUGCAUAAUAUAAUAUGUUUGUAGUCAAGCACAGUGUCCGACGUUCCGUAACUUUUUUUAUUAACUGAAUACCUUAUUAAAACUGACCUAACCCAUCGGGUUUUAUUGUACAUAUGAGAUUUAUAUGGGUUAAUGGUUAUAUCGAUGACUUGAUUUGCGAAAGCCAAAAAAAAUAUUGUAGGUAGGUCUUUUUUUUUUUUUAUUCCGUCUGUCGAGUGUCAGGAAGUCGACACUCGUUUCCUGCACACUUUAUACAAGUUUUGUUCGACUUUGUGCAUAAUUUAUUGAUAUCGUCUGCCAAAAGUAGUACACCAGCUGCGCGCCGCUGCAUUAUUAUAUAUAUACUAAAUAGGUACUCUCGUUACACAAAUCGUUAAAAAAAAUUUUCUCUUCUCUUAUUGUAAUUCCUCGUCGGACGUCUAAGCGAGUAUAAUGUUGCGCAAUAUAAUAAUAUACACGUUUACACCGUCUGCCGAUCGUCGUUGAUUGAUUGAUUCCUGUCUCGGCCAGAAAUGGGUUUUCGGAGUAGGUUGUUGUGAUAUUAUUAAGUCUGCGAGCGCGUCACGACCAGCCGAUGUUAACCGUCGGUUCUCGUCGCACGCGGUCGGCUGCGGUAGUGCGGUGGUGGUUAACGCGGUGUGGACGCGUGCGAGGGUGGCUGCGUACACUAAUCGAUACGGCGUGACGCGGCCACGCUCGGAGGGGAACUUUUGGACGAGGAUGCGUGGGCGGGUUGCCCCCCCCCCUCCGGCGCGCGUGUCGGCGCGCACAUUCCACCGCCGUUUCGCGCCCCUCGCGGAACGUCGUCGCGCAUCCCUCGCCAGUACCAAUCGUCCCGCCGUCGACGUCUGCCAUGCUUCAUCCGUCCCGAGCCUUCUGUCGUCGCCUACGCCGCCGUUUCCGUCACCGCGUCAUUGUGCACCGACUCGAUUGUUGACGUUAGACCGUAUAACCGCACUCUCGUACAUAAUAUACCGCAAUCGUUUAACCGCCGCGGCCGCCGGGUACAGACGACCACUAACCGGGUGCCAGCUAUAACCGUUUCUGGUGUCGCCGCCGUAGUUCGGGACAGUGCGAUGCGCAGCGGACCAUGACACCGUGCCACAGCGAGACCAGGAGAAAACAGCGGCGCGUCCACGGGCUGCAGAUGCCAUGGCACCCGCAGCAAGUGGCCGGUUGGCUGGUGCUGGCCACGUUCGGCGCCUGUUCGUUCGGAGUCCUGUUGCCGGGCCUCGGGCCCGACGUCUAUCCGGUCGCUCUGUUCGUGCUGGGCAGCCUGUUCUUCUUGCACGUCGUGUCGCACGUGGCCGCGCUGCUCAUCGAUCCCGCGGACCCGCAGCUGCGCGGCGGAAUGUCGUCCCGGAAGCCCGUCCCCGAGCUGGACAAGACCAAACACGCGCACGUCAUCGAGAACGGAAAGUGUCACCUGUGCAACAUAUACACGUCCGGCCACCGGACCAAACACUGCGGAUCGUGCAAUAAGUGCGUGGAGAAAUUCGACCACCACUGCAAGUGGCUGAAUCACUGUAUCGGAGCCAGGAACUACGUGGCGUUCAUCGUGAGCGUCGUGUCGGCCGUGCUCGCGUGCCUGGUGAUCGUGCUGGUGUCGUCCGCCGAGCUGGUCAUCUACAACUCGGAUCCGGUGCACGUGGACCACUACCUUCGGCCGGUGUUCGGCAGCAAUCAGACCAUCCAGGUGAACCAGCUGUUCAGCGUCAGCCGACUGUCGGUGGACCGGAACGUGUUCGUCACCGUCGCGUCGAUCCAGUGCGUCUUGGCCCUGGUCGCCAUGGUACUGCUGCUGCACCUAUGCGUGUUCCACGUGUACAUAUCCGCGCUGGGCAUCACCACGUACGAGUACAUCCGGAACUACAGGCGGUAUCCAGAGUUCGAUUCCAGGAACGCCGGCGCGGCCGCGCUGUCGCCGUCGUCGUCGUCGCCAUCCGACAACGGCGUCGCGACGUCUUCGUGCAAGAACGCCGCGGGCCGGAAGUCCGCCGUGGCCCGAGCCAUGUACAACUCGGCGUGCUGUUACGGCGCGGUGACCUCGGGCCGGCGCAGCAAGCGGCCUUCGUGCGGCAUCCACUCGAACCUGAACGGCGCUAGCCGGAACGACUCGGACGGCGGCGGCGGCGGCCACGACGACAUGACCGUCGAGACCGUCGAGUCGUACGGUCGCAGCAGCAGCAGCAGCAAUGGCGCCGGUAGACAGUUGCUGCACCCGAAGCAGGACUCGGAACGGACUAGACCGGAAGACCGCGACCAGCUGCAGAACGGCGCACAGCCAAAGUGCCGGUACUGUCUGGAGAAGAACAGGAUCCGGGGCGACGGCGCGCGGUUUUUCGUGUUGGGCAAACGCCGCAAAGGGUUCUGUUGCUGCUUCCAGAAACCCGAACCGGUGUUCGGUCGAGCCGCCGUCGCCGCCGCCGCCGCGGCUGCCGCGCACCACGUCAAGGUACCGCCGUCGCCGUUCGCGGUCCGCCGGAACCGCGUCAUACCCGCCGACGGCGGUCAGCUGUCGUUGGUCGUCGACGAGUGGAAAUCGUUCAACUCGGGCACGCUGCCGGCCCUGCCUCACGCGGCCGCCGGCCACCGUCAGUUGCAAAAGAUCACGCUCAAGGAGCUGGGCCAGGUGUUGGCGUUCGUCGAACAACAGCCGUCGAAAACCAAGCGGCGCAAGAUCGGCGCCGGAAACGGGCAGAUAAAACACUCGAAGUCGUCGUCCAACCUGUCGCCGAUUCACGAGUCGGGACUGUCCAACCCGUCCACGCCGCAGCUGAAAAACCGUUACCCGCAGACCAGGCCGUGCAGUUGGCUCUCGUCGUCUUCGUCGCCUCCUCAACCGCCGCCGCCGCCAUCGUCUUCCUCCCCGCACAAUACUUCUAAAAGCGCGUGAUUUAUGUGUGCGUGUGCGGGUUUUUCCAUAUCCACCCUUUUAUCCCCCCCUUGUCCCUUAGACCCACGUGAUAUGUGCGCGCACAAUUCGCAUUUCAUUUUUUUUUCAUCGUCAGCUCCUACUCGUUGACCGAUAAAAUGUUUUACGAACGACGGCGUUUGGUAAUCAAAAUUGUAAACAAUAAUAUUUUAUAGUUUUACGACCGUAUAAAACCGUGUUUAAGCCGUUAUAGACCGCCAUCGAUUGACUAACAAUUAAUAAGUGACUAUUGCUAUUUCUUUUUACCAAUUUUUCUGUUCUUAUGUCAUGCGUGAUGCAAACUCUUCCUUAUAGCUGUAUAUUAUAUAAUAUAUAGGUACCUAUUUGAUUUAACGCGAAAGAGUAACGAAAACUAUACUUACUGACUAUUACUGCUCUGGUAAGAUAAAAUACCGUUAACAUUUGAAAAUGUUAAAAAAUAUUUUUUCAUUUCUCAUACAAACAGGGGCGCAGCCACACAUUAUGCUAGGAGGGGCAAGCUCUAAUUUUGCCGUCCCUAUUUCCAUCACUCAGCCCCAAUAAUUUUCAUAUUUUUAUGGCAUUUUAGCUUAAGAAGACAGUAUUUAUGUCAUUGAUACUUAUACAUGUAAAUGUACAAAAUACCCAAAACUUCGAGGAAGAAUAAUUGCAUUAAAAAAGAUUUGGAUUUUAUUGUUUUUUAUUUUAUAUAAUUACAUAUCAUAAUAUAUAAUUCAAGUAGGUACCUACUUAUUGUAUUAUACAUUAUUCUCAAACUGAUAUAUCUCCCUAAUCCCAUAUGAGACUAAUAGUGACUACCAAUUUGUUUUCACUGUGACCUGUAAUUAACGUUUCCAAAAAUCAACUGCAACCCAUUUAAAUCAAUGAUGAUAUUUAAUUUUUGUAACCAAAUAAAAAAUGAUUACCGAGCACGCAAUAUUAUAAUAUUCCUUAUCAUGUGAUAUAUAGGUACCAAUUGUAAGUCGUCCUUUCUUGUUGUACUAUUAUAUUAAUAUUUUAAUACUUUUCCAUUUUUAUAAAUUCAUUUAAAAUUUUAUUAUAUUUAGAAAAUUAUUAUCUAAAAACAAAAGUUUUUGUGAAAACCAAAUGUUUGAAGUACCUAAUGAAGUGUCACGAUUUAGUUUUAAAUUGUAUUAGCAAAAUAAUAUGUUUGUAAAAUUUUUAUGGAAAAUUAAGUAUAUUUUUUUAAGGUCUUUGAUUUACAUUAUACAAUAUUUAAAUUAUAUUGGAAAAUCAUUAGUUGGUGUUUAAUAUUAUGUUCAAAAGCAUUUGUUAAUAACAUUGCCUACAACAGUCUUAUAAUUAUAUAAUAUAAAUGUUAAAAAAAAAAUAAAGAUAAAAAGUCCAUUGUAAGUUUAUUGUAUUUUAAUUUAAAUUUUAAUGAGAGUUGAGAGUUUUAUAGAGUAAGAUAUCUUUUUAUGACUGUUUAGUAUUUAAAACUAUACCUACUGAAUUUUUUUUUUUUUUUUUAAUUUACUAAUAUCAAGGUGUUUUAAUCUAAGUAGUAUUAACUAAUAACAGUGAAAUAAUAUAUCUAUAACCUAAUAUGUUUUUCUAUAUGCACAAUAAGUCGUAGCCUUGUAUAGUAAGGAAGAAAGGGUUAAACAGUAUUUUAUGUAAUUACGAAUUUGUGAUAAUUAUAGUCUAAUCAUACAAAUUUAUUUACAUUAUUCAAUAUUCAGUCAUAUUUUAUUUCAUCAUCUAAAUUUAAAAAACUUCUAUUGAUUCUCUUCCAAUGUCACUUAUCAAUACCUACUAAUAAGAAAAUGAAAAUGAAUACUAUAAUUAAUACAUUUAGUUUAUUUUCUGUUUAUUUGAUAAAAAUGUGUUAAUGGACAAUUUUUUCCCAUGAAUUUUUAUAACAUUUGAAAUCUUACUUUUUUAUUAUAUUUUUAUCAUAAAUUGGUAUGUUUAACUAUGAUUUAAAUUUUACUUAAACGUAUUAUUUUAAGUAUUAAUAAAUAAUAUUUUUGUGGUUUUAGAAUUUCUACUUAUUUGUUUUUUAACCAUACCUAAUAAUUAUUUCCUGUUUAAACAUUUUGAAAGUGAAAUAAUUUAUAAUAUUUACCUAUCAUUUUGUUUUGGAUUAAUAUAUACUUUAUAAAUAUAAUAUUGUAUUAUCAAAUAUUGUGUUUAUUUAUUUUUGCAUAAUAAAAAUGGUGUCCAUAUCA